AUGCGUAGAUGCCCUUUAUCUUCCAACAUUCCAGACAAAGAAUGGCCUGCACCCGAGCAUUCAGAUGUCAAAUCACAUGGCCGGCCGGACGAAACACUUGAGGGUAUACCCGUUCAGACUCGUAUACCAGAAAGAACCCAGGAGGUUCUCAUCCCCCCAAUGGCGAUGGUCACGCCCAGCAUGAGCGAAAAUUCCAUCACUCCACUUCCAAGUGACCAGCCUCAUCAAGCUCCUCCUCAAACCGAGACAUCUCCGUCCCCUCCACAACACCCAUCGACUCAAUGCAACGGCAUGGAACGCACCACCUCACCCAUCCGGUCGUCAUCCCCACACUCACCCACCUCCAUCGGAUCUAUCCUCUCCGCGCCCCCCUUUUCCCCUUCAAUAUAUCCCUCUUAUCUCCUUCCGUAUCUAGUUCCAAUCCCCCCUCCCCUACGAAAAGGGAAAGACGCCACCAAAAGGACCGUACGCCGAUUCGCAAGACGGCUUUUACGCCUCGAAGCCUGCCUGACUCCAUCGAUGAUAGUCGCCCGCGCGCAGCGACGAUUAGAGCAAGAACAGAUGAAGAGAUCCGAGUCAGACCUUUUCAAAGAAGCUUGCAUGAAGAGCGAGCUGAAGAGAGCGAAGAGAACAGAUGUAUUUCCAGAAACGUUCCAAACCAUUGACAUUCACAAUGAUGGUCAAGAGGAUGAGGACAGCGCGUGCGAGCAGAUCAUCAUUACGCAAGCCAGCGAGAUAGGCGCAGAGACCAGAACAACCAAGACCGAGGCCUUCGCCGGCCUGAUAAUCAUCCAACAUCGACUCAGCGCCAUGAGCCAGGCUCUUUCCGAACACGCCAAGGACGGAAUGCUGCGAACAGAGCCAGGCCGCCACUCAUUUUACGUUGACGCAGCCGUAUCGAGCGACAACGGAUUAACAGGUAUCGCAGUGGUACACAAAACGCAUCGGCAGUACUGGGCCUCGCUAUGGACUGCCAAAGGCUAUCGCAUACGCGAAGCGCUAGAUCAAGAGGACGCCGAAAUAUGGGCCAUCUGGCAAGCACUGCAGGUUACAUUAGAGAAAGUUCAUGCCGACCGUGCACAAGUGAAGCCACAAGAUCCCUGUUCUCUCGCGGUAGUCUACUCCGAUUGUGCAGUGGCGCUGGUUAAGAUUGGAAAAGGUAAGUCUGAUGGCAGGAAGGUGGUGCAGAAGAUCAUCGACCAAUCAAUGGAGCUCCAACGGCUUGGGGUGGAGGUACAACUCCAUUGGGUUCCAGGACAUGUAAAUAUACCUGGCAAUGAGCUGGCAGAUCUUGUGGCUAAAAAGGCUCGGCAGCCUGUCAAGUAG